AUGGUCGAGCCGCAGAACCGGACAAUUCUCCAGUCGUGGACAGGACUCCCUGCAAGAACAAGGCUCUUCCUUUCGUUCGGCGUUUGUGUCAUGGGCGCAACUGGUUUGAUCAUCUCAGACUAUAUGGAAAAGGUUGUCCCUCCUACGACUCCUGCCCAGUCGUAA